UUUUGCAAUCUCCACCACACGGCGCCUCAGACAAAGCCUCCACCAGUUCUGGCGCGCGCGGCGAAGCAGAGCUUUCCCUUCCGAAGACUUUCCCAAAAUUCGAAUGCUCCAAAAAAGUCGCGCUCUACAGUUUCUAGUUCUUCCCAAUUUGUCAACACUUUCGUUAUCAAUAUUAAAUCUCCUCCUUCCCUCGCUCGGAAUUCAACAUCUUCCUCCUCCUCCUCCUCCUCCUCCUCCUUCUUCGGAGUGAAUUUGAUUUGAUUUAAUCGUAUUAAUGGCCGCCGCUGCCGUCGAUCCGUCGUCGCUGCAAUUCACGUCGACUUGGGCCGUCGCUGCUGUCUGCUUCGUCUUCAUCUCCCUCUCUCUGUUUCUCGAGCACUUGAUUCAUCUCCUAUCCAGUUGGCUGAAACGGAACAGGAAAACGGCAUUGUUCGAGGCGGUUGAGAAGUUGAAAUCAGUUCUGAUGCUUCUAGGGUUCAUGUCGCUGACGCUGACGGUAACGCAACAGCCGGUUUCGAAGAUCUGCAUUCCGAACAGCGUAGCGUAUACGAUGCUUCCGUGCCAGAGAGAAUUGCAGAUCAAGGCUAAUAAGAACUUGAUGAUGAUGGAGCAAUUGCGAUCCUCCUCCUCAUCAUCGAAUCGCUCGUUUUCAUGGCUGCCGGAAGAAUUUGUGAGCCUCGCGGCAGCAGAAGGUGGAGGAAGUGGUAGUAGUUCUUCUUCUUCGGAUCACUGUGGUGCUAAGGGGAAGGCGUCGCUGAUAUCGCAAGCUGGAAUGAAUCAGCUCAACAAUUUCAUAUUCGUUUUGGCUGUUAUGCAGAUUCUUUACAGCGUCCUCACCAUGGCUUUGGGAAAGGCCAAGGAGAUAAUUCUUUUAAAUCCAAAUCGUUUUAGAUUCACACGGCAAACGACAUUCGGGCGUCGGCACAUCAAUUCUUGUGCGACAACAUCACCAUUGCUUCUCUGGACUAAAUGCUUCUUCAGACAGUUCUUUCGUUCUGUGGCGAAAGUCGACUACUUGACCCUUCGCCAUGGAUUCAUCUCGACUCAUUUACCUGCAAACACUUCCUUUAACUUCCAAAAGUACAUUGAAAGAUCAUUGCAUGAUGACUUCAAAGUCGUCGUUGGCAUCAGUCCUUUCAUGUGGAUCAUAGUAGUUAUCUUCAUUCUGGUAGAUGUGCAUGGUUGGAAUGCAUAUCUCUGGGUGUCUUUCCUUCCACUAAUUAUAGUGCUUGCUCUUGGAACCAAACUUGAAGUGAUAGUAGCAAGGCUUGCCCUUGAGCUUCAAGACAAGACUGUUGUGGUCAAAGGAGCCCCAAUGGUGAAACCAAGUGAUGAUCUCUUUUGGUUCAAUCACCCCAAAUUUGUUCUAACCCUACUUCAUUUCACUUUGUUUAUGAACGCGUUCGAACUUUCUUUCUUCAUCUGGGUUACGCUUCAAUAUGGGAUCGGAUCUUGCUACCACGAAAAGUUGUGGGUCAUCAUUAUAAGAGUGGUCUUAGCGAUCACAGUCCAAGUGUUGUGCAGCUACAUUACUCUACCUCUUUAUGCUCUUGUCACGCAGAUGGGGUCACAAUUCAAAGCUGCAGCAUUAGAAGAACACACAGCCAAAGCCAUAAAGAAAUGGCACAAAGAUGUGAAGCAAAAGAGAAAAAAACAUCACCAUCACCACGAGCACGAUGACAGCCAACACCAGGAAGGCUCGUCUCGCUCCGGGGCCGAGCGUCAGUCGUCGACCGUUUUCGAGAGCAGCAGCAGAACCCUAAGCUUCCAAGAGCUCUCUUCCCACCACCGAACUCCCACUUUUUCUGAACUCAACAGUUUUGGUAUUGAGUCUGGGGAGAUUGUUGAAGAACACACAGAAACAAUGGUGAAAAAGAAUAAUGAUUCUUCAAUAGUUUCAGGUAAGUUAAUGGAGAUAAAAGUGGAAGAGAAUAGUGAAACCCAAACUGCACAAACUGAAAGAAGACGGAUUUCGUAGAUUUUGGUUUGAAUAACUUUGUUAUUUCAUGUAAAACUGUAAUGUUUGUGAGGUAGAAUUUAUUUGAUGAGUAUAUAUAUAUAUUGUUUGUAUUAUAUAUAUUUGUAGUAAAAUAGCUAUUACUCGAUUACGUUAGGAGUUCAAAUAAAAUUCCACAUUGAUUAGGGAAAUGGGAGAUCCAUGGCAUAUUGACAACAACAAUUAUCUUCGUUAGUACGAAGUCUUUUGGGUCAAACUUUCCAUUCCAUUAGUUUACGUGAUUCACCACAGCUUUGAAGGACAAUGAAA